AUGGGGUCUGUGAAUUUCAGAAGUCACAAGGCAGAAGCCCAGGUGAUGAUGAUGGGCCUGGACGGGGCAGGCAAGACCACCCUCCUGUACAGACUCAAGGGCCACCAGGAAGUGGAGACCCUGCCCACCAUCGGUUUCAAUGUGGAGCCUCUUGAAGCUCCUGGGCAUAAGUCGGUGAUCCUCUGGGACGUCGGGGGCCAGGCUCAGCUCAGGGCAAGCUGGAAGGACUAUCUGGAGGGCACUGAGGUGCUGGUGUACGUGCUGGACAGCACCGACGAAGCCCGCUUGCCUGAGGCUGUGGGUGAGCUCAAAGAAGUCCUGAAGGACCCCCACCUGACGGGUGUCCCUUUCUUGGUGCUGGCCAAUAAGCAGGAGGCCCCCGACGCCCUCCCGCUGCGGGAGAUCCGAAGGAGGCUGGGCCUGGAGUGCUUCGCGGACCGCGGCUGGGACCUCCGCGCCUGCAGCGCCCUCACCGGCCAGGGGCUGCCCGAGGCCUGGAAGAGCCUGCAGGCUCUGCUGAAAUCCCGCCGCCGCCUGUGCCUCCAGCUCUGA